AUGAAUAGGUUAAGGAUAUACACACCGAUUUUAAGGUCAACAAUAAUCAAACCGGCCACGCCUUGGGCAUAUGCUUUUGUUGUAUCACGAAGUAUACAUACUACGGGAAGAUUGUCGCAGGUGCAACACAAUCACCAUCAACAAGGACAACCUGUUCCAGACCAAUCAUCGAUUGAAAAACAACGAGAAUGGGUAGAUAGACUUGCUAAGGAAAGAGAGGAACGUCAGAAGUUUAGAAAUAAAACAGCAACAUAUUAUACUGCCUCUUUGGGGAUUUUCUUUUUGGCAUUAGCGUUUUCUGCAGUGCCAAUAUAUCGAGCCAUUUGUCAGCGUACUGGAUGGGGUGGAAUACCAAUUACUGAUAGUACAAAAUUCACUCCUGAUAAGUUGAUCCCCGUCGAUACCAAUAAACGUAUCCGUAUACAAUUUACUUGUCAAUCAUCAGGGAUCUUACCAUGGAAGUUUACUCCGUUGCAACGUGAAGUUUAUGUUGUUCCUGGUGAAACUGCAUUAGCCUUUUAUCGAGCCAAAAAUAUGAGUAAAGAAGAUAUUAUUGGUAUGGCAACGUAUUCAAUAACACCAGAUAAUGUUGCUGGGUAUUUCAAUAAGAUUCAAUGUUUUUGCUUUGAAGAGCAAAGAUUGAGUGCUGGUGAGGAAGUUGAUAUGCCGGUGUUUUUCUUUAUUGAUCCUGAUUUUGCUAAAGAUCCAGCAAUGAGAAAUAUCGAUGAUGUGGUUUUGCAUUAUUCAUUCUUCAAAGCACAUUAUUCCGAUGGUGAGUUGGCGGCUGUACCUAUUGGGAACAUGGAAAUGAAAGCCAGUGUGGUCAGUUAA